AAUACAAGGAGGUCCUCGUCAUGGAAAUCAGUAGCUGGGCUAGCUUUGUUUUGCUGCUUAAAGAGGACGUGACUGUGACAACCAAUGAGGGAAGAUAAUGGGUGUGGUAAUAUGACGUUUGGAUGCAACCCCCCCCUAGAUUUCAGCCUAUUACUUGGCGCAACCAGCCGUGUGUCUUUAGUUAACCCCACCCGUCGCGUAGUCCACGACCAGCAGACGUUCCGGUGGUAAUGUUAAAUGGAAAGAGAGCCUGCGUAGCGAUUUUAGAUGUUAAGGCGACAAUCCGUCUUAACUCCUCCGCAUUUACUACGUUUGAACAGGACAGAAGAGGAUAUCCCCCGACAUUUUCUUCUCGUUAAUACCGUUAUAUGCAGAAUCUGGAUGUUAUUUGUAUACUCUUUGACAUUGAACGGUUCUGAUCACUGAAUAAAAGUGAUACGAAUGUUUUCUAGAUUGAUCUAGUUGCUUGAAAUCCAGUCAUAGGUGCGUUUUUUCCCCCGAAAAAUUGAAUAGCCUCAUCUUCUACAUUGGUUGUAUCUUUAAUUCAAGCAGUAUUUGGUAUUUUAGGACAAAAUGAAGACAAAAUUUAUCAACGGGGUAUCAUCCUCCCCUUCUAUGUCCUUGGGUUUGUUGGUCACUGAAAACGCACUUGAGGUUCAGCCAGACACUGAAGAUGAAUGCAAGCAGGAUAUCAUCCGACCUGAUGAGCCGGAGCUGGACACUAAGCGCAAGGCGUAUUCAUGGUGCAAAGAAUUUCUCCAUGGUGCGUGGAAAACGGUGAAUGAAGAGGAUUUUCAAUUCAGCAUAAUAAGGGGUGGUCUCAGCAACAAGCUAUUCCUCUGCGCCCUUCCUGACACCCAAACCAGUGUAGGUGAUGAACCCAGAAAUGUCCUUCUGCGGCUGUAUGGGGCCAUUCUACAGAUGUCCUGUAAUAAGGGGGAGCCCAGACAGUCAAACAAAGAAAAUGUCUUUCAAGGUGCCGAAGCCAUGGUUCUGGAGAGUGUGAUGUUUGCCAUUCUGGCAGAACGGGAGCUUGGGCCUAAACUCUAUGGCAUUUUCCCCCAGGGAAGACUGGAGCAGUUUGUCCCAAGUCGCAAACUGAACACAGAUGAAUUGAGCCUGCCUGGUAUAUCUGCUGAAAUAGCUGAGAAGAUGGCCAAGUUCCAUGGGAUGAGAAUGCCAUUUAACAAGGAGCCCAAAUGGCUUUUUGGAACUAUUGACAAGUAUUUACAACAGGUGAUGCGACUCACCUUCACCAGGGAGUCCCACACACGCAAGUUUGCCCAUCUGAUGAGUUUUAACCUGCCGCAGGAGUUGAAGACACUCAGGUCUUUGCUGGACUCUACUCAUUCCCCUGUUGUUUUCUGCCACAAUGACUGUCAAGAAGGAAAUGUCCUGCUCCUCAGUGGCCGUGAGGGCACUGACAAACAGAAGCUCAUGCUGAUUGACUUUGAAUACAGUAGCUACAACUACAGGGGAUUUGACAUAGGAAAUCACUUCUGUGAAUGGAUGUAUGACUACACCAAUGAGAAGUUCCCCUUUUUCCAUGUAAACUCCAAGAAUUAUCCAAGUAAAGCCCAACAGCUGCAUUUUAUUACAAGCUAUCUGUCAGAGACUGACAAAGGAUUCAACAAUCUGAGUGAUGAAGACCAGAUACAACUCAAAGAGGAGCUGUUUGUGGAAGUCAACAGGUUUGCUCUGGCUUCACACUUCUUCUGGGGUCUGUGGUCGAUGAUCCAGGCCAGAAUAUCUACUAUUGAAUUUGGGUACAUGGAGUAUGCCAAGGCCAGGUUUGAUGCAUACUUUGAGCAGAAGCUGAACCUUGGCAUCUAAGCAAGGGCCCACACACAGUGAAACGAAGAUAGAGGAUCCACAGAUUUGCAGCUCUUUGAAAAUGAUGUGGUAACGCCGUCAGGGUGUAUGACCGUGCUUCAAUGGGGAACCCCUGCUUUGGGAACCUUUGCUACAAUCGGUAUCACAUGGACCUAAGUGAAAAAAUGAAAACCUGGUUUGCUGGUGGAUUAUGCCCCGUGCGUUGCUGAACAAUGUUUACAGGAUAAGCUCUAACAAAUGUGAACAGGCUCAAGAUUGUUCUUGGCUUCUGUGACUAGGACAAAGAAAUUCUGAAUAAAGAUGCAAGUGAUCUCCAGGAUACUCCAUUUCUGUUUGGAAAAGUACUAGGAUAGUAAAAGAGUCUUUAUGAUCCUUUUACAAAACCAUCCAAAUUGAAAUGCCAGCUAUCUCUUAUAUCUGUGACCCAAAUUUGAUAGUACAUUUUCUGUGACAUAAGACAAAAGUGAAAACAUUUCAACCAUGUUGACUCAGCCUCUCAACUUUAAAUGACUGUGACAUUCUUUACAUUCAUGCUGUAUAUGUCAAUUUUCAUUCAUUUUACAUUGACAAAAAUUCCUCUAAGAUGUAUAAACAGCCAUUGAGAUGGGAGCGUCUAUGGCCAACAGAAUUUUCCAAGUACUGUGAACGUAAUGUGCAAGGUGGUAAUGGAAACUUAAAACCUUCCUCUCCACAUAACAUUCCCCUUGAAAUGGUUUCAGCUCUGAAUAUGUCACUGAGUCAGUAAUGCUAUUCAAACAUAUGUUCAUAAUGAGCACAUUGAAUGAUACCUUGGAUCAGUAAGAAAAUUGCAAGCAGGGAAGCUCUCAGCUUUAACUCAAACAGUAAAACCACAGAUGUUUCAGCUGAAGUAAGAAUAAUUGUUAACAAGAUGUUAAAAAAUGCACCCUUUCUAGAUUGACAAUGUUUAUAAUGAUAUCUUUGGAAUAUGUUGACUAGAAAUGUUGCUUCCUCUUUUUAGUACCACAAAUCAACCUAACUAUGAUACAUAUUGCUGUUUUAAAUAUGAAUGUGUAUUAACUGUGUCCAUGCAAGCAUGUUUAUUUAAUCUUGUUGCAAUGUUAUUUAGAUCAUUAUGAGCCUUCUCUUUGAAAUGUAAUUGUUUCACCAGCUACAAUGACAGUGGCACUUUAAUCUCAUUCACUAGACACUUCUUCCCAAAGCUCACAGGCACUUAGCCUGGGGACGAGGUUAGUGGCAUUUUCCUAAUCACUUGCGUUUGUCGAUAAAGCAUUUCAAUUUUUUCCUCAAAUGGAACAUGUUUUUCUAAUUAAGAAAGUUUACUCUUUUCUUGUUAUAAUACAUAUGUUUUACUCCUGUUGUCUCCACCCCAUGUAUAUCCCAAUUGUGUAAUAGAGUUACAUUCCAUUUACAUUCCAUGUUUAUUUGUAUAUACAUUACACCUUUUUCAUUCCAUAUCAACAUAAUACAUGUUUCAGGUUUUAUAAUUUAAUAGUAACUGACAGUCACAGUUUUCAGUGUACAUUUAUAUAUGUCCUGAGCAUUUCAUGUUAUGUCAUUGAAUACAUUCAUCUAAUCAAAUGUGAAAGAGUUGAUUAUCACAAAAUGUAAGACAGAAUGCCUAAAUAACACUGAAUUAUUGAUCAUGAAUAUUGUUGUCUUGUGGAAUAAUUAAAUUGAAUGUUUAAUUUACCGUUACUGUGAAAUAACCCAAUUAUUCUACAUGCUGACUGUAAAUGUUUCUUUGCUAAACGAUACAGGUAUGCAGGUAUACUCUGAAAUAAUAAAGGUUCUUUGAAAAUAUCA